AUGGGUAUUCUAGGGUCUUCCAAGUCGAGCAGUGGUGAUGCUAGCAAAGCCAUGGAAAAGAAGCUUAUCAUAAAGCUUGAUCGUCAGGCGUUCGCAAAUGCAUACGUCGCUGGUCUACGGGAAGAUCUUAGCCUCAAGAAAAAUGAGUACAGUAUUUUGCUGUCCAUGUACACCAGUGGUCUGGUCGUUGGCGCGAUUCCGCACAGUCUCAUUAUCCAGAAAAUCCGUCCUAGCAUAUGGCUCCCGCUCACCUUGAUUCUCUGGUCCGGUCUUACAAUGUGUUCUGCAGCAUGCAAGAACUACCCGCAAUUGUGUGCAGUCCGGUUUUUUCAGGGAUUGAUGGAAGCUAGUUUAUACAGUGGCACCAUGUAUGUCAUGGGAUCGUGGUACAAACCAUCCGAGAUUGCGAAACGCGUAGCCAUCUUUACUGCGAUAGGACAAGCGGGAAGUAUGUUUGCAGGCCUCAUGAUGACGGCCAUGCACAAGACCAUGAAUGGUACUGCAGGCUUGAGAGGCUGGCAAUGGGUUUUUAUAAUCGAUGGCCUCAUGGGAAUCCCAUUCGGAAUAUUUGGCUUUUUCACAUUUCCCGAUCUCCCAUCAACGGCCAAAGUGUUCUAUCUCAGUGAAGAGGAAAAGCAAUUUGCGGCGUCUCGUUUACCACUCAAGAAAGCCGAUACUCACAGCAUCAACCCUAAGAGUCUUAUGAAGCGCGUUCUUGGAAAGCCUCACAUAUACAUCUUGACAUGGUUCGCCGUCACUUCCGGCAUGCUCGAAGCUUUCGCCUUCCAGGGCAUGUUUCUUCUCUGGCUCAAGUACUACGCCAAACGUUUCUCACAAACAGCUAUCAACACCUACCCCCUGGGCACCCAAGCCGUCGCCAUCGUCUCCCAAAUUGCCGCCGGCUUCAUCAUCGACCGCACUGGCCAACGUCUUCCCAUGGUCAUAGCCGGAGCCCUUCUGCAACUCGUCACCGCCGCCUUGCUCCUCGUGCGUAACCUCUCCGACGCAGGCGUCUUCACCGCGUUCUACCUCAGCGGCACUAGUUUCGUCGUCAACCCCAUCAUGUUCAGCUGGGCAAAUGAAAUUUGCUCGAGGAGCGGCGACGAUGCUGCUAGGAGCGUUGUAUUGUAUGUCAUGAGUAUGGGAGGCCAGCUUCUGUACACUUGGUGGGGUAUUGUCUUGUAUCCUGCUACAGAUGUUCCGUACUGGAAGAAAGGUAGCAUCACGAUGAUUGUGGUGUGCGGUGUUUUUAUCGGAACUGCUUUCAUCGUUAGAUGGCUUGACAGGAACACAGCUGUGGUUACGGAUGACGAGACAGUUGCGUCUGGUGAUGGUGCAUCGGCAACCGUAAUUGGAGAGACGACGAAGUCUGGCUAA